AUGGAGAUACAGGACUUAAAGAUUGGAACAUGGAACAUGCGCUCUUUAUACAGGACUGAAACACUAAUAACAGUAGUAUCUGAAAUUGACAAAUACGAACUGGCUAUAUUAGCAAUUCAAGAAACUAGAUGGCCCGGAUCUGGCAACCACAAAACAGAGAAAGCAACAUUAUUCUACAGCGGAGGAUUAGGACACAUAAGGGGAGUUGAUUUCUUAGUUAGUGACAGAAUACUUAACAACAUUAAGCGAUUUGAACCAAUUAAUGAUAGGCUAUGUCUCUUGAAAAUUCAAGCUAAAUGGUUCAAUAUAAUACUGAUUAAUUGCUAUGCUCCAACAGAGGACGAAGACGAAAAGACAAAAAAUGAUUUCUAUAAACAACUAGAAGCACUAUAUGACACAAAACCUCAAAAUUUGGUCAAAGUCGUAUUAGGGGACUUUAUUGUAAAAAUUGGGAAAGAAAUAUGUUAUAGACCGACGAUAGGACAACAAAGCCUCCAUAAUAACUCGAACGACAACGGAGUUAGAGUAAUAUAUUUUGCAACAUCCAAGGGGAUGGCCAUAAGCAGUACGUUUUUCCCGCAUAAACAAAUCCAUAAACAGACAUGGAUGUCCCCCAGUGGAACAACUAAAAAUCAAAUUGAUCACAUCAUGAUUGAAUCUAGAAGAAAACACUGUAUAACAAAUGUAAAAAGCUGUAGAGACGUCUACGGGAUAUCAGACCAUUUACUAAUACGAAAUCAAGUACACCUCAGAUUGUCGGUAAAGUGGAGAGAAAAGAAAAGAGUUACCCAGAAGUUCAACGUUAAAAAAUUAAAAGAAAACACAAACCUACAGAAUUACAUAGAAACAAUAAAUAGAAAUCUAAAAAAUGGUAAAGCACCAGAAAAAUAUAAUAACAGAGUUACUAAGAUAGAGUGGGAAAACUGUAAUAAAAAAGCUAGAACAAAUUAUUAUAAAAGCAUGGAGGGAAGAAGAAAUACCAGAAGCCUGGAAUUUGUUGAUCCUAUACUCUAUAUACAAAAAAGGGGAUAUUAUGAAUUGCAACAAUUAUAG